AUGAAUUUAAAAUUAGAACCUAUAUUUUCUCAAUAUUUAAAUAAUCAAAAAGAAUUUCCUUCCUUUAUUUUUUAUCAAUUAUUGAAUGGACUCAAUUUAAUUUUAAUUGGUACAAAUUGUGGAAAAUGUUUUAAUUUUUUGAUUAAAAAUUUGGAAUUGGUUAAUAUUUAUGAAGAUGGCAAUAAAAGACAUAUUUUGGCAAUUGGAUUGUGGCCUUUGGAGAAAGGUUUAAUUUUUAAAAUAAUUUUUAAUUAA